CAUUACGGCCACCGGCCGUUGGCACGCCACCACCAACCACCACCACCGAGGUCGCUCGCCGUACGCACGCCGUCGCGAGGCCGCGACCGGAACCCACAUCCAUAUACAGCCAGGCCAGGCCCCCUUCCUCCGCCGCGGGGUGGAACUGGGGGAAUGCCUCUCUUCCUCGCCUGAUUUAUCGUCUUGCUUGCCCCCACGCGAAUCCCGCGGCGCCGUCCGUCCCCAUCGCCGCCGCCGGCCCCGCCCCGCCCGCCAAUUCCGUUGGGAGCCACGGCACGCCACUGCCCCGGCCCCGUCCCCCCGGGGCUCCCAAAUUUCCAACCCGCCCCGACGACUCGGCUGAGACGUGUCCGCAUAUACAAAUCCACGCCGCAUCGCGCCCUCCUCCUCAUCCUCAUUGCCUGGGUGGAGUGGAGGACCUGUGCACUGUGCAGGCGCAGCGUCGCCUUGACCGCGGGGGCCGUCCGACAGACGCGAGCUGCCGGGGUCCGACGGAGCGGCAUGAGGGACGACGGGCCCGCGGCGGCGCUGGUGCCGCGGCUGCUGGUGUCCAGCGCCAGCCGCGUCCAGGAGCUCGAGAGGUUCUCCCAUUACGUCGCGAGGCAAAUCGGGUUCGACCACGCCAGCGAGUGCCCCCACCUCUGCACGCUGGCGUAUGACUACCUGCGCAAGAACAAGGGCUACGAGGAGAACAUAUUCGCCUUCUUCCAGAACACCGCCGACCCUGAAUCACUCAUCGUCAAGUUCAUCGAGGAGCUCGACAAGUGUAUUCUGGGUUACUUUUCGUUCCACUGGAAAUGUUCCACCUACAUGAUUACCCAGGUUCUCACAGUGGAAGGUGCACCUAAAAGAAAGCUCAGGAACAUGGUGCUGGAGGCCACUAGGAAUCAGAGAUUUGAGAGGGUCACAAAAAACUUAAAGGUUACCAGGCUAUUCUCCACACUGGUGGAGGAGCUCAAGGCCAUAGGACUAUCUUCACAUGAUCAGGCGCAAUGCAGUGACGUGAUGGUCCCUGCAGCACAUUGUGAUCGCAGCCCAGUCCUACUCCUGAUGGGUGGUGGAAUGGGAGCUGGCAAGAGUACUGUACUUAAAGAUAUACUCAAGGAAUCAUUUUGGUCUGGAGCAGCAGCUAAUGCAGUGGUGGUGGAGGCAGAUGCAUUCAAGGAAACUGAUGUUAUAUAUCGAGCCAUUAGCUCAAGAGGCCACCACAACGACAUGCUGCAGACGGCAGAGCUGGUGCACCAGUCAUCGAUGGAUGCGGCUUCUUCGCUCCUGGUGACUGCCCUCAACGAAGGGAGGGAUGUGAUCAUGGAUGGCACACUAUCUUGGGAGCCAUUCUUUGAGCAAACAGUAGCCAUGGCAAGGACUGUGCACCGGCAGCGGUACCGCAUGGGCGUCGGCUACAAGGUUACUGAAGACGGGACAAUCACCGAGGAUUACUGGGAGCCAGUUCAGAAUUGCAGUACUGACGAAGAGAGCGAGAUGAGAUCAAGGAAGCCUUACCGCAUCGAGCUCGUCGGUGUAGUCUGUGAUGCCUAUCUGGCAGUUGUCAGGGGAAUCAGGAGAGCGGUGAUCACCGGGAGAGCAGUGAGGGUGAAGUCCCAGCUGCAGUCGCACAAGAGAUUCGCCACGGCGUUCCACGGGUACUGCGGCGUGGUUGACAACGCGAGGCUCUACAGCACCAACUCCAUGGGUGCUCCGAAGUUGAUAGGGUGGAAGGACGGCGAGAGCAACCUGCUGGUGGACCCGGACGAGAUCGGCACCUUGGAGAGGGCGAUCGGCCUGAACGACGAGGCCAACUCAGUCGAUGAGCUCUACCUUGACGGAGAGCCAUCACCCUCGGCGUGGCAGGACCUCGUGGCGUCACCGUCCAGGGCGUCCAUGCAGCGUGAGCUCAAGGCCGCGGUGCAGGCGAGCGAGGCACGCUUCCAUGCCGCGUCAUAGUAGCCGUUGGCUGGCCGUCUGUGCCUGCCGCUGUGACGCACCGGUACAAACUUUUGAGCCGUACUGGUGCCUGUGGCGUUUUUCUUUCUUUUCUUCUUUCUUUUUCCACGAUCUUUGGUUGAUGUGGCUUAUUAACGCUGGUGGGUGGUGCUAGAUGGCUCAUGGAAAAGGCCGUUGUUGUCGAUC